AUGGUGAAAGGCACUGAUAUAUGCAAUCUUCCAGACUGGGUCCCUGUUCCAACCAACGGCUCUACCAUCUCGAUGAUUAAAGUUGUAGUUGCUGGGUCAAACGUGCCGUUUGGUAUCUUUGCGUUUCUUAGCAACUUUGCCACCAUUGUUACUGUCCUUAAAACACCCUCCCUUCAAAGGCCUUCUAACAUUCUCCUAUGCAGCCUCGCCACAUCAGACUGCCUAGUUGGGUUGGUAGCUCAACCGUUAUUUGUUACAUGGUGGAUGCUUAUUCAAAGAGUUGAAGAUUAUUCGUGUCUUCAUCUACAACAACUUACCCUGGCUGCUUUGAUCGCCAGAAUGUUUCCAACAGGAUUGUCCUUGGCCAACUUGACAGUAAUCAGCCUGGAUCGCUGUUACGCUCUGUGCCGUCCGCUUGCCUAUCGUGCAAAGGUCACAAAAAGAGGUAACGAAUUUUCUUUUUCCAGGACCAUUUUCGUCCACUACGGAGGAAAACAAUCGAAAUUCGAAUCAUCAAAAUUCAUAUUUGGCUCCGAGGCUGAUCGAGGGGUAUAAAACAAAAGAAAUCGCAAGAGAUUCAGGCAUGAAAAAGGUUAUUGUUCCUUUCAUUCUCGGAGCCAAGUAUGAAUAUCAACAACAGGGCAUUUGCACGAUGGCGUCGGUUUACUACUACGAGCAGAUUCCUCUUGUUUUUCCUUUUAAUUUAAUUUGCACAAAGAAAGCAAAACCCUAAAGCAUUCUGGUCGUAGUAGUAAAAUUACGUCAUCGCGCAAAUGGCAUAUCCGAAGCUGGCCUAAUACAAUCGCAAAUUAUCGCGUAAAAUGGCCGAUUGCCCCCUCAGUUGCACUUUAUUUUGCAAUUAAAUCAAUCAUUGAGAUUGCAAUCCUUUAAGACCCGACAAUUUCUCCAGGUCUUACGGCUCGGCGCAUUGUGCGCGGAGAGACAGUAAUGAAGGAGAAGUUUUUAAAUUUUAAAAGACCUUUUCCUUUUUAUUGGCCCUUUUUUAUGAUCGAGACGUGAAAUUCGUCGAUUCUACAUUAAACCUCUGAGAGCCCAGUGUAAAAACGAGACAGAUGAGUUGGGCAUAAACAAUGCAACCCAGUUUGCCGCGUGCCGUUUCCAUACUAGACGCCUGUAAUGUCUGAGACUUCAAAGUCGUCUUCCAAGUAUGCCUGAACGACAAACUUAACAGUCGUCAGAAAGUUAGGCUCGAGAAAUCAUUAGGAUUUGGACAAAACGCGCGUGAAAUCAAUCCCUAAUUUCACUCGUCACCAUUUGAUUACACAUUCAACAUUGUUGGGAGUUGUUGCGUCCGUUUGCACGUAGCUAAAAGUUUGACCGGUUUCAAAUAUAUGUUGCGCAACAACCCCCAACAACACGCAACAACAUGCAACAGGGAGUGCAAACGGACACAACAUAUAACAUCCAACAAUGUUGCGUCCGUUUGUACAAGGCUUUUGGUCUUAGAAACCCCUUUAACAAUAAAGUUGUUAAGUUUCAGAAACCAGGGCACGCGUCACUUUCUUUAAAAUGACCACGUGGUUAUAUGAAACGAGCGUUAAGUCGCCCCAGUCGUCUCUUAUCCUGCGAACGCAGAAGUAACCACGGGGCGACGGCAAUCGAGAACGGCAAAAAAGCAAUAGGUUUAGGUCCCGUUUGUAUAUUGGAGGUACAACCACCCAGCACGAUCAACUUUAGCCAGCGUUUAUAUGAGAAAAAAGUUCAACCCUCUGUCCGAGCCAAGAGCUGACAACAACGCUCGCUAAUCGAGCUGAUUGCUUCUUCUUGACCCGGCUGGGCAAGCCAAUGUUUAUACAGAGAAUAGUGAGCCAGGGUGACCAGGCUAGUCAAGCCAACAUGUAAACGGUUCGCCAAGUUCUUUAAGGAAAUGUAGAAAAAGUUAGCUCGCCUAGGGUAGGUCGAAUAGCCGAGCGGGACAAGUUUUGCAUUUCUCCAUGUAAACGGCGCCUUAGAAUUGCAAAACAAUAGUGCUGCACAUUUAUCAAUAAUUCAUCAAUAAAUUAGCACCAUUCUACUGUGAAGCCAUAGCUAAACUUGGACUCUUGUUUUUAAUUUGACGCAGGUGCUAAAAAGGUUGCUGUGUUUACCACAUUGGCUUGGAUUACAACAAUAUUACUCAUUAACAUUCUUCCCCGAAUUCCUACUUUAAUUCUUUUGACAAAAAGUGUUGUCAUUUUCACCAUUCUUCCAACUGCCAAUUAUAUAAUAAUGUUUAUGGCUGUUCGGCACCAGAAACGUAAGGUGCAAGACAUGGUUUCAUCCCAGCAAUUGCGAGGAAUACUACGACGCGAGAAAAAAGUUGCCAUGAACAUGUUUAUCGUUUCCGUAGUUCUUGCCGUCUGUGCGAUUCCAAAAUUAGCAGUUAUACUCUUAUCUAAAUCAUCACUUGGCAACCAUUACAACAGUUUUUCCUUGUGGUCCACAACUUUAUUUCUACUGAACUCCAGUAUUAAUCCAAUCCUUUAUACAUGGCAGGACCCUCGCCUUAGAGCUGCUGUGAGGUCUGUGAUAAACAUGUGA